AUGAGGUGGGAAGGAUCCACUCUCUCUGACCGGGGGUCCUACUCAGGAAAAUAUGGGGAUUCCGGUGCCUGGGAUUCUGCGAGAACGUCAACCUGGACGGACAGUGACGAGAUCCCGGAGCACAGAGGAGCCUACUUACCUCAAGGCACCUUACUGAGGGUGCCAGUUAGAGAUACGUACCGUGCUUGCCUCGAGCCCUCGACUGCAAAGGUUUCCGUCACCCCACCCUCAGCAUCCAUCCAUCCCCACUCCAACUGCACCUUAUUCGUCCGGGAUGCUCCAGCAAUGGAAAACUGCAAAGUCCAUAUUACCCGUCUGAUAACCUUUUUUCUCAAGAUUUCGGUGGUGGGAGUAGACCGGGCGGGUGGUAAGUCAAGGGUUCUCUGCUACACCAACAGCACCAUCUAUAUACACUUCACCCAGACUUGUCCACCUCGCCUUCAAGUCUCUCUCCUGCGGCUUGCCAGGGACUUUGCAGCACACCUCAGGUACUGCAUGUCCAACAAGUUACCGGAACAGGAGAUGACCGAAAGAAUACCCUGGCGUGAUGUUUCCGACUCUACUUGGCUCUAUCUCAAGAUAGUCUCCGUUCAAGGGGUAACGUCUUCGCGAUUUUGGAACGCUUUCAGGUUGUCUGUCUCUUCAAGUUCAUCUGUGCUCAAGUUGCUACUACCUCAGAAUUGCCUCUCAAGUCUCGACCACCCAACUUCCCUGCCUUUGGAGGCCUGGACCGUUCUUAUGCCUCGCGCUUCUGGCAAGUCCCAGCGCGGAGACACAGAGACUGAGGGGCUGAGUCGACUCACCGUCUUCAACAUCGUCUCUGUGCGAACAAUAUCCUUGUCAUUUUGUCGUCUCUUGUCUUGCCCCUCUCAGCUAUGGGCAAUCCGCGGUACCACCGCCACCAACACGAGAAUCAAGAAACGCGCUAAACACCGACUCAUGGCCUCACGACCGGCUUGUUUCUUCCAAAAAUCUAUUAUCGCAAUGCGCCUUUCAAAGUCAGAUUCGCAAUCGAAUCCACCUGACUACCAAUCCAUGACUCUCUCCACACUCCAUGUGCGUGCCCAAGCGACGAUCAUCAUCAUCACGAAAAACUGCGAGCUUGACUUCAUCUUGCCUUUUCAACACCAUCAAUUUCUAGUGGAUGUCUGCUUCACCAUCCCACAAAGCAACAACACAGACGUGCUCCAGGGCCACCUUGUUGUACUGUCUCAUUCUGCUACCAUGGUGAGAAGUCACGCCGUCGUCUCCCUCAGCCUCUUUCUCGCUGCAUCGCAGCACGCAUCAACCGCUGCGCCAUUCUUUGGGUCGCACGUCCCUCUCACCGCAGCCGAUCCAACGAACGCUGUCGUCUUAAUGCCAUUAUUGUUUCUAGCUUCGUGUAAGCGCGAGAACAGCAGAGAAAAGAUUCAUGCCAUCAACAAUAAUCACACGUGGACUACAACUGCGAUUCGCUGGCUGAUCUGGACCGUCUCGGUAUUCAAGCUCGCAGCGAUUGGAAAGAACUUGCCAGGAUGCAUCCGCUUUAGUCGGGAGGGGAUGCCCUGGCAAUCCAAUGAUAUGAGUCGGAGAAUUUACGGUAUUGGCCGAAUGAUUGGACGACCAAACAAGCAUAUCGAGAGAGCUACCACCGACGACGUAAUGGUACCGAAACUUCAGGUAUCAUCCUCUGCGGUCCAUCCAAAAUCUGAAUUUAUCGCUUCGCAAUGGACAGUGGUAUAUCCGACAGCUAAAGUAGCCAGUAUGUUCGACUUCAUCAACGACGAGGCGGAAAUUGCGCCCGGUGGCUUCGAUUCUCGGCUGCUUAGACUUCUGUCACUUGCAUGGCGACAUGCCAACGAGUGUCACGAAUCUGCCAGCCCAGCGUCAUCGACGUGGGCAGCGUUAAACACAGCUCUCCAUCCGUUGAAGCAACAUUGCAUACCUAUGGCUCUGGGUCAACGGGUCCAUUCGUCUAGUCAUCGGUUGUAUCCCACAGCUCCUACCUCACCAUCGGAAGUUGUCGCCAAGCUUUUUUUGGUCCAGCACUAUGAGCGGCCCAGCACUUGUUCCCGUCUCCACGUUCUUGACGUUAAUCGUAUCACCAAUACUGCUCAAGGAAACAACGGCGCCUUUGGAUCGCUGAGCUGCCUAGGAUCCUCCCGGCUGAUGGAUCGACCACUAGCCCAUUCUAUAUUCAUCCUGGACCAGAGCAACGUGCGGACGACCGCUCUGAGCCGUCUCGACCCAGCCGCAAUCUCCGUGAAAAAUAGGCUGCGAAUCUCGGCUCCGGUCAUGACUAGAGUCUUGGUGUUGUCCGAGCAGCCCUUGAAAGCGUUCGAACCUACCGACCCUUACACGUUUGUAAGGGACCCCUGGUUCAUCUUCCACGAGCCCAACAGCGACCUUGCCAUUAAGAUCAACCUGGUUUCCACGUCUCUGUUUCCUCUCAGUGGCCCGAACGUCAGUUUCUGCGGCGCGGACAGCACUCUACAGCAAUUUGACGACCGUGUGCUGACGGGCAUCGGCGCCUAUCCGAACAACGCGGGGUUUCUUCAAAAUUGGAAGAAUUGGAAUAAGAAAGCAGCUUGCACUAUGAGGCGUGGGGUUCACACUCUAAUGGUUUUGCACAGCAUCAAGAGAGGCCACCACGGAGAUGUUCAUGGUUAUUCUCAUUGUACAGCAACUCACUGCACCUUGAACGACGACGAAGAUCAAAUUGUCGAGACCUCCUCAGGCUCCCAUCCUUCGGUGGGACUGAUGAGAACCUGGCCAUUCCCCUAUCCUGAGCAAUUGCCAGGGCCCCUGGCCUCUCGACCUCCCAACGAAGCUCCCCUGUCGACGACCCAUCUCGACACUGGCUCCCCGAGAUAUCAAGGCUCCAGCCAGCGGUGGCAGGACAAUAUCGAAAUCGACUGGGUUUACCGUUUUGCAACGAGCAGAGCGCCGGGGUCGUGGAUCCUGAGUGAUGUCAAUAUCGCACCGUUGUAUUUGUGCGCGGACGCAUCCGCGUUGAGAUCGGCCGGCUACAACCUGGUUCAUGACCGUGCUGGCGCGCUGCGAUGCUCCAGCGUCGUCACAUUCACACGGACUGGGGCGACUUUUUACACCCCGCACUUAGGACCAUCUCUGCAACGACGUCGCAUUCUUCACAUCGCUUAUGCUGCAAACGAUCAUGGGACCACGAGGCAAAUCCUCAACGGAACAGCGGCAACAGACAAGAAAAUGAACCACAACGCCAUGAUACAGAUGUUGCACUGCGAAUGGAUACUAACUCGUGGCCCGGGCCUCGAAGAUCUUCUAACUGCACCAUCCACUCUUCCCUCUUAUCUCGCAAUGUCUGGGUCAAUAAUUCUCCACCGACCAAGUGCCGAUAACUCUGCAAACUUCCAAGUGCCGCAUCACGUCAAUGAGACCGAAACCACAGCAUCAGGCUUAUGUCGCUAUCAUGUCCGGCCGCAGACCGUUGACGAUGAUGAGACGACCUCUGAUCUUGUUAGCCGGCAUCCAUCUACCAGGAAGCAACUUCAUAUGCCGGAAACAAGCUUUCUAAACAACCUCAGUGGAGAUAAGGUGGUGGCACCUCGAGCACUGAAAGCCCCCACGCUCUUGAGGAACAACACAGUACGGACACAACAGCAGGCAUCUUCCUUCACGGGACCUAGCUACACCAAGCAAAGUAAGGAUCUGACAUUGAGACAACCUGCCAUCAGUCUGGUUCGUCGCAGACCCAUGAGAGAGGUCUAUACCAAAGCCCUCUCAACGAAUUUCUGGCUCGAUCAAGCCUGGUUUCUUCCCCAGUUGAUCUCAACGACGGGCCGUGUUGUAACCUUGCAACAAAAGGAGGAUACCAAACUACCAAGCAAUCAUGGACCAUGGGCGAUUCUCUGCCAAUUCUCGCUUCCACCAGGUUCCGGUGAUAGGCAGUGGUCAAGCCUCCGACGCAAGAGCGAAUCGUCAUAUCACAUAGGACCUGCCACUUCUCUGGUUGACAGUAUGCCUGAUCGUGGUGGCAGACACGCCUUCGCCUGCUUCAAGUGCGGGGUCGAAACAGCGUUUCAUCCAGGAAACUUGACCUGCUACGAUACGGGGAAGGAGGCCGAUCUCAUCCCCGUGGAGGGCGAAGCAUCACUCUAUGGCACAAGAGUCAAGACUCAACUUGCAAAACGUGGCAAACCCCUUGACAAAACUGCAAUUGGGCGCAGAUUUGAGCGGCUAGCCAACCCUACAACUUUGUCCCUGGUAGGCCGCAGUCUCGGACUAGAGAUGCUAACCUGGCGAGAUUACCACACGUUGAAGAGUUGA